AUGGCGGCAAUGGCGCCUGGCGGUGGCAGUGGCGGCGGCGGCGUGAAUCCUUUCCUCAGUGAUACGGACGAGGAUGACGACGAGGUAGCGGCCAGCCAGGAGCGGCGGCCCGGACUUCGGCUGGGCUCCGGGGGCGGCCUGGACCCGGGCUCCGUGGGCUCGCUGUCACCGCAGGACCCCGUGGCUUUGGGGAGCAGCGCGCGGCCAGGGCUCCCCGGAGAGGCGGCGGCGGCGGCCGGGGCGCUGGGGGGCCUGGGGGAGGCCCCGGCCCGCCUGUCGAUGGACGCGAUCGCCGCUCAGUUGCUGCGCGAUCAGUUCUUGCUGACGGCCCUGGAGCUGCACACCGAGCUGCUGGAGAGCGGCCGCGAGCUGCCCCGGCUGCGCGACUACUUCUCCAACCCGGGCAACUUCGAGAGGCAGAGCGGGAAUCGAGCUGGAAGCAUCAGUACCCUUGACUCCUUAGACUUUGCAAGAUAUUCAGAUGAUGGUAACAGAGAAACUGAUGAGAAAGUGGCAGUCCUGGAGUUUGAACUACGGAAAGCCAAGGAGACCAUUCAGGCCCUCCGAGCAAACCUAACAAAGGCUGCAGAGAAUGAAGUUCCUUUACAGGAACGAAAAAAUUACAAAUCGAGUCCUGAAAUUCAGGAGCCAAUCAAACCUCUUGAAAAGAGAGCUCUAAACUUCUUAGUUAACGAAUUUUUAUUGAAGAAUAAUUACAAGCUUACAUCCAUAACCUUUUCAGAUGAAAACGAUGAUCAGGAUUUUGAAUUAUGGGAUGAUGUAGGCUUAAAUAUCCCCAAACCUCCAGACUUACUCCAGCUCUACCGAGAUUUUGGAAACCACCCGGUGGUUGGGAAAGAUGUUGUGGACGUGGCCAGCGGAGUGGAAGAAGAGGAGCUGGAGGCUCUGACGCCAGUUUUAGGCGGCCUCCCUCCAACCUUUGAAACCCCUCAGCCCAUGGAGAAUUCCUUGCUAGUACAGAAAUUAGAAGAUAAAAUUAGUUUAUUAAAUAGUGAGAAAUGGUCCUUGAUGGAGCAGAUCAGAAGACUUGAAAGUGAAAUGCACUUCCUCAAAAAUGAACACUUUGCUGUCACCGUGUCCUGUGACUCUGUUCAGCCCCCUUUGGAUCAGUCUUCACACAAAGACCCUGAAGAGAGUGGACAGAAUUCACUUGUAAAUAGUUCAGACAAGGGAGGAAGCACAGAUGUUGAUCCUUCACUACCGAGUAAAGCAGAGCCCACUCUUCCUAAAGAGAGUGCCUCAGAUUCCUUCCCAAGGAGAGGAGGAGAAGGGGCGACAUCUUCUCCAACAAGUAAAAGCGCAGUUGAGUUUGAUAAACCUAAUAGGAAAUUGUCUCCUGCUUUCCACCAAGCACUGCUCUCUUUUUGUCGAAUGUCAGCAGAUAGUCGCUUGGGAUCAGAGGUGUCACGGAUCGCAGACAGUGAAAAAAGUGUUAUGCUGAUGCUGGGUCGCUGCCUGCCACACAUUGUUCCUAACGUGCUGCUGGCCAAGAGAGAGGAAUUGAUCCCCCUCAUCCUGUGCACAGCGUGUCUGCAUCCUGAGCCCAAGGAGAGAGACCAGCUGCUCCACAUCCUUUUCAAUCUCAUCAAGAGACCAGACGACGAGCAGAGACAGAUGAUAUUAACAGGAUGUGUGGCAUUUGCACGUCAUGUCGGGCCCACCCGUGUGGAAGCUGAGCUUUUACCACAGUGCUGGGAACAGAUUAAUCAUAAAUAUCCGGAAAGACGACUCCUGGUGGCCGAAUCCUGUGGAGCGUUAGCGCCACACCUUCCAAAAGAAAUCCGUAGUUCCUUGGUUCUUUCAAUGUUACAGCAGAUGUUAAUGGAAGAUAAGGCAGAUUUGGUGCGGGAAGCCGUCAUCAAAAGCCUUGGUAUCAUUAUGGGAUACAUCGAUGACCCAGACAAAUAUCAGCAGGGUUUUGAAUUGCUGCUCUCAGCUUUGGCUGAUCCCUCAGAAAGAGUAGUUAGUGCAACACAUCAAGUAUUUCUACCAGCUUAUGCUGCCUGGACUACAGAACUGGGAAAUUUACAAUCUCAUCUUAUACCUACACUGCUAAAUAAGAUUGAAAAGCUCCUCAGGGAAGGUGAGCAUGGGCUGGAUGAGCAUAAGCUGCACCUGUUCCUCUCUGCGUUGCAGUCCUUGAUCCCUUCGCUCUUUGCGCUAGUCCUACAGAACGCCCCUUUCACAAGCAAAGCCAAGCUGCAUGGUGAAGUACCACAGAUAGAAGUAACUAGAUUUCCUCGGCCUAUGUCACCUCUUCAAGAUGUAUCUACUAUCAUUGGAAGUCGUGAACAAUUGGCAGUGCUGCUACAACUUUAUGAGUACCAGUUGGAACACGAGGGUACAACAGGCUGGGAGAGUUUACUAUGGGUUGUCAAUCAGUUGUUACCACAGCUUAUAGAAAUCGUUGGCAAAAUUAACGUUACUUCAACUGCCUGUGUCCAUGAAUUCUCCAGAUUUUUCUGGCGCCUUUGCCGAACGUUUGGCAAAAUUUUUACAAACACUAAGGUAAAACCUCAAUUCCAAGAGAUUUUAAGACUGUCUGAAGAAAACAUUGAUUCCUCAGCAGGAAAUGGGGUUCUCACUAAAGCUACAGUCCCUAUUUAUGCAACAGGAGUCCUGACGUGCUACAUUCAGGAAGAAGACCGAAAACUGCUGGUGGGAUUUUUAGAAGAUGUAAUGACUCUGCUUUCAUUAUCACAUGCUCCACUUGAUAGCCUGAAGGCUUCUUUUGUGGAACUGGGUGCAAACCCUGCCUACCAUGAGUUGCUGUUGACAGUUUUGUGGUACGGUGUCGUGCACACGUCAGCCCUGGUGAGGUGCACUGCGGCCAGGAUGUUUGAGCUGACUCUUCGAGGCAUGAGUGAAGCGUUAGUUGACAAGCGGGUUGCUCCGGCCCUUGUUACCUUGUCCAGUGAUCCAGAAUUCUCUGUCAGGAUUGCCACGAUCCCCGCAUUUGGCACUAUUAUGGAAACAGUCAUCCAAAGAGAGUUGCUGGAAAGAGUGAAGAUGCAGCUGGCUUCGUUCCUGGAAGAUCCUCAGUAUCUAGACCAGCAUUCCCUGCACACGGAGAUCAUCAAGACAUUGGGUAGAGUGGGGCCUAAUGCGGAGCCCAGAUUCCGAGAUGAGUUUGUUAUACCACAUUUGCAUAAGUUAGCCUUGGUGAACAAUUUACAAAUCGUGGAUUCAAAAAGACUAGACAUUGCCACUCAUCUUUUUGAAGCCUACAGUGCACUUUCCUGCUGUUUCAUUUCGGAAGAUUUAAUGGUUAACCACUUUUUACCUGGUCUCAGAUGUUUACGCAUUGACAUGGAGCACCUUUCUCCAGAGCAUGAGGUUAUCUUAACUUCUAUGAUAAAAGAAUGUGAACAAAAAGUAGAGAACAAGACUGUCCAAGAGCCGCAAGGCUCAAUGUCAAUUGCUGUAAGCUUAGUGAGUGAAGAUACAAAGACCAAGUUUCUGAACAAAAUGGGCCAGUUGACCACCUCCGGGGCCAUGCUGGCCAAUGUGUUCCAGAGAAAGAAGUAAAAGCGGAAGGAACCUCCAGUGAACACUAACGGGACCGAAGCUGACUGGGUCCGUGAACUUGAAGUACUUGCCUUUUUCAUUUCCUCUGUUUUAUGUUCUCUCAUUAUCAUUUUAUCCUAAUCUCCAAAGAUAUUUGCACUGCUAUUGAUUAUUGCUGUAUGUUUGUUUAUUUGGGUUAUAACUGUGGUGAUAGAAAAUGGAGUUUAUAGUUUGUACCAAGUCCCUCUUCUGUGUUCUUGUCUUUCAAAAUAAUUUUAUAUAUGUAUAUAUAUUAUACAGUGAAGAGUUUCUUGUUUUGUUUUGUUUUUUAAUUUUGGGGUGGGAUAUUAGCAAAUACCUGUAUUAUACACUGAGCUUUACAAUGGUACUUAAAAAUAAUGUAAAUUUGAAGUCAUUGUUAUAAAGUAAUAAAAGUGGAGAUUACUUAAGUAUUUAAAUUAUGAAAGAAUAA